UUUCUUCCUACCCAACGACAUUCUCGCAGUCUCCCAGUGUGCUUCUGCUUCAACCACCGCCUACACCCUCGCAUCUUUCAUCAGACCUCUCUCGGAUCUAAACUCAGUCCAAAAUGCGUGAAAUUGUUCAUCUCCAAACUGGCCAGUGUGGUAACCAAAUUGGUGCCGCUUUCUGGCAAAUCAUUUCUGGCGAACAUGGCCUCGAUAGCUCCGGCAUGUAUGCUGGGUCUUCUGACCUUCAGCUCGAGCGUAUGAACGUCUACUUCAACGAGGCCGCUGGCAGGAAAUACGUUCCUCGCGCCGUUCUCGUCGAUCUUGAACCCGGUACCAUGGAUGCCGUUCGCGCCGGCCCCUUUGGCCAGCUUUUCCGUCCCGAUAACUUUGUUUUCGGUCAAUCCGGUGCCGGAAACAACUGGGCAAAGGGCCACUACACUGAGGGUGCUGAACUGGUUGACCAGGUCAUUGAUGUUGUCCGUCGUGAGGCCGAAGGCUGCGACUGCCUCCAAGGUUUCCAGAUCACUCACUCCCUCGGUGGUGGUACUGGUGCCGGUAUGGGUACCUUGUUGAUCUCAAAGAUUCGAGAGGAGUUCCCAGACCGUAUGAUGGCCACUUUCUCCGUUGUCCCAUCCCCAAAGGUCUCAGAUACUGUUGUUGAACCAUACAACGCAACCCUCUCUGUUCACCAAUUGGUUGAACAUUCAGAUGAAACCUUCUGUAUUGACAAUGAGGCUCUUUACGACAUCUGCAUGAGGACUCUCAAGCUUGCCAAUCCAUCCUAUGGUGACCUUAACCAUCUGGUCUCCGCUGUCAUGUCUGGCGUUACAACCUGUCUUCGUUUCCCUGGCCAACUCAACUCUGAUCUCCGUAAACUGGCUGUUAACAUGGUUCCGUUCCCUCGUCUCCACUUCUUCAUGGUUGGCUUCGCUCCUCUUACCAGCCGCGGUGCCUACUCUUUCCGUGCCAUCACCGUCCCGGAAUUGACCCAGCAGAUGUACGAUCCUAAGAACAUGAUGGCUGCAUCUGAUUUCCGUAAUGGCCGCUACCUUACUUGCUCCGCGAUCUUCCGUGGCAAGGUCUCCAUGAAAGAAGUUGAGGAUCAGAUGCGCAACGUGCAGAACAAGAACCACACAUACUUUGUUGAAUGGAUUCCCAACAACAUCCAGACCGCUCUUUGCUCUAUUCCUCCACGUGGCCUCCCAAUGGCUUCCACCUUUAUUGGAAACUCUACCUCCAUCCAGGAGCUCUUCAAGCGUGUUGGUGACCAAUUCACUGCUAUGUUCCGUCGCAAGGCUUUCUUGCAUUGGUACACUGGUGAGGGUAUGGACGAGAUGGAGUUCACUGAGGCCGAGAGUAACAUGAACGACUUGGUCAGUGAAUACCAACAGUACCAGGAUGCCAGCAUCUCGGAGGGUGAGGAGGAGUAUGUCGAGGAGGAAAUCUUGGAGGGAGAGGAGUAAACAGCACAACAUAUACCCCUGUGCGUGAUUUUCAAGCCUGAUGUUAGUAUCAACCAACAUUAAUUUGAGCGAUAACUACUUUCCUCUUUUUUGAUACUCAUUAAUUGGCCGUUGAAGAAAAGCAUGGGAUUUUCACCGUAAAUUUAAUGCACCAGAUG